AUGGGACUGCUCAUGCACCAAAGGAAGUAUGCACUUGAGAUCUUGAAGAGGUGUAAAAUGGAGCAUUGUAAUGUUGCCAUUACACCAUGUGAGGCAAGGCUACAGCUGUCCAAGAGUGAGGAUGAGCAAGAUGUUGAUCCAACUCAAUAUCAGAGAUUGAUUGGACCAUUGCGGUAUUUGUGCAAUACGCAACCGGACUUAGCAUUUAGCGUCAGUAUUGCGAGUAAAUUCAUGGAGAGACCUAAGGUGUCUCAUAUGGCAGCUGUCAAGAGGAUCCUUAGAUAUGUUAAAGGAACUCUUGGUUGUGGAAUUCUCUUUCCGGCAUCAGAUACAGGCCGAAAGUGUGAUUUACUUGGUUUCACCGAUUCCAAUUGGUGUGGUGAUAAAGAUGAUAGAAAGUCAAUAGUUGGAUACAUCUUUAUGUUUGGUAGAACACCAAUUUCUUGA